AUGCAUCAUAGCCUUUGUCAUUCUUUGUCCAACACCAGCACCAAGGAGUCAGUCAGCGACAGGAAUGAGGAGUUAGCAUGGAACGGACAGGGGAUGGCUGAAGCAGUAGCGCUAUCCCUACUAAACCAGAGGCUGGGGGAAUCAAGUCAAAAGAUUAUGCAGCCUUGGGUGGUGGUGCCAACUAUGGCGGUUGCAGUAGAAAUACCUGACGAGGAAGCCAGCAGGGAGCAGGACUUCAAAGGAGAGCAUUUGAAAGCCGCCGUCAAUAAACCCUCUGUGCGUGAGAGCUGGACGUCAGAAUUGCCAGGAGGAGGUUACUUCCGGAGUGCUACCCACCAGGGAAGCGCAGAGCAUGAGACGACGCUGCCAUCGUCUCCCAGCAAAUCCUAUGAUGGCAACAGCUCAUCCUUGACAGAGACAGAGUCAGAGCCAGAGUCAGAAGGCGAGAGGCAAAGGAGCCGCCGCAAAAAGCGGAAGAAGAAAAAAGACUGGGGAAGCAGACAGCGGAUUAAGAAAGCUAUGACAGGUGUCAGCAUUAAAACACCAUUCGUAUGGAGCGGACGAGCAGACCUAGACGUGUUUGAUCAUGGUGCUAUGAAGUAG